AUGGGCUCUAUUCCGACCCCUGUGGAAGAGAAGUUUGAUGUUCUCAUCAUUGGCUCAGGCCUGUCUGGCCUUGCCAGUCUGCACCACAUCCGAGAACAGAUGCCCGAUUACAGGGUAAAGGUUCUCGACAACGGUGCAGACGUCGGUGGAACGUGGUUCUGGAACCGCUACCCCGGAUGCCGGUUCGACUGCGAGUCCGUGUCCUACAGUUACUCCUUUGACAAGGGACUCUUGGAAGAAUGGCACUGGAAGGAGGCCUUCUCUCCCCAGCCCGAGACACAAAAGUACAUCAAGCGCUUCGCCGAGAGAAACGACCUCUACAAGUACAUUCAGUUCAAUACUACCGUCAAGUCGGCUCGCUGGGACGACGAAAAUCACAACUGGACGUUCGUGGACCAGGACGGAAACCGAUACGUUACCACCUUUUUCCUCAGCUGCAUCGGCUUCCUUUCGACGCCAUCGCUGCCCGCUAUCCCCGGCAUUGAGAACUUCAAGGGCAAAUCUUUCCACACGUCGCGGUGGCCGACGGAUCUAGACCUUGCGCGAGACUUUGCCGGCAAGCGCAUCGGCGUCGUCGGUACCGGGGCCACCGGCAUCCAGACCAUUACCGCACUGUCAAAGGAGCCGAGCAUAGAGUCCAUCAGCGUUUUCCAACGGACCGCAACAUGGACCGUUCCGCUACGCAACUACGAGAUCUCGCCAGGAAAAAUGGAGGAGCUCAAGAAAGAUUACGACAGCAUUUUUGGCAUCUGCCGCGCGACACCGUCAGGCUUCAUGCACAUGGCGGACCCUCGCAAGUCGAUGGAGGUCACGGAGGAGGAACGCCUCGCUCUCUGGGAGAAGCUGUACGCCGAACCCGGCUUCGGCAAGUGGCAGGGUCUGUUCAGAGACACGUACACGGAUCGCCAGGCCAAUGAAUUAUACUCCCGCUUCAUCGCCGACAAGAUUAGGCAGAGAGUACACGACCCGGAGGUAGCAGAGAGCCUCAUUCCCAAAACGCACGGGUUCGGCACCCGUCGCGUGCCGCUGGAGAGCGGUUACUUUGAGGCCUUUAACCAGGACAACGUGCAUCUCGUCGAUCUCCAGAAAGCACCAGUCUCCGAGGUCCAAUCCGACCGCAUCCUCACAUCCGAUGGCCAGGAGCACGAACUCGACAUUUUGAUUUACGCCACCGGUUUCGAUGCCAUCACGGGCUCUUUCAGCGCCAUUGAGUGGCAAGGCAAAGACGGACGGCCGCUGAUCGCGCCGAGUGGGACGGCCAAGGGCGAGCGCGCCGUCUGGGUCGACAACAGGCCCUACACGUUCCUCGGCAUGACGGUGCCGUCCAUGCCCAACAUGUUCAUGGUCCUCGGUCCGCACCAGCCGUUUGGCAACGCCACGCGGAACAUUGAGCAUGCUGUGCAGGUUGUGGUGGACUUGUUGAAGUUUUGCCGCGAAAAGGGGUACACGUACGUCGAGGCGACGCAGGAGGCUGCGGACGGGUGGACGGAGCAUGUGUUUGAGUGCAGCAAGGGGUCGCUGGUCAACGAGGUGGAUAGUUGGAUGACGGGGGUUAAUACGAACAUCAAGGGCAAGCAGGUCAGGAGUGUGGUGCGAUAUGGCGGCUCUGCACAGGAGUUCCAGAGGCGGUGCAGAGAGGUCAAGGAGUCUGGAUACAAGGGGCUUAUCUUUGCUCAACAGACUGAAGGAGUCCAGCUGUAG